CUAGUAGUCCCGGUGGUUUUGAUGUUUGGAAGUUCAACGACCAUCUGAUAUCGAUAAAAAUGGCAGAAGACACACGGGAGGCAAUUGCCUCGAGCCCUGAGGCAAGUGGAAACGAACAAACGACCCCCCAAGACUCCUCGUCACAGCCCAAGAAACCAAAACACGAAUUGCCCAAGUCACAAGUCGGAAAGCUAUGGGAUGCAUUUGGAGGCCCCGAAGAGCGCGCAAAUGCGCUGCCGACAUAUAAUAGGACAGCCAAGAAUUCGAACGAACCCUCGGUCACCGAAGCUAUGAAGUCUAUAUCCUUGAAAGAUGCCACAUCGUUCUACAAGGCGCCUUGCGCGCGGGACUCUUUACUGUUGGGAAUUGGUGCGGGAUUCGGUAUCGGUGGUGUGCGGGGUGUGUUGGGAGGUCUGCGUUCGAUGUGGACGGCCUGUAACUGGGCGGUUGGUGCAUUUGCUCUUACUUCUCUGGCAGCCCACGAAUUCUGUCAACGGCGCCGGAUACAAGAGCUGGACGGGAUGAAGCAAGCGGUCGAAUUGAUGCAACAGCUGAAGGUUAAGAAACAACAGGAGAAGGAGAAGAAGAUCGAAGAGGCUGCCCGUGCGGCCGAGGAAGAAAAGAAACAGAAGAGCUGGUCCAAUCCAUCAAACUAUAAGUUUUGGUAG